AUGGCGAACGCUGUCCAUCAAACGGCAAAGCAAACUUCAUUGACAGCGGAGGGAUCAUCCCCAACCUACACUGUAGAUCUCGGUAUAUCGGCAAAUACUUGGGACGAUCAUGUGUGCCUCGACGAAAUCAACGCUGCGCGCGAAGCCGCUGGACUCGAACACUUCAAAAAGGAUAGCAGCGCAGGCCUAGAGUGGCCUCCACCUACUGUUGAAAGCUCACAGCACAAUACUGCAUGGAAUCCUGUUUGUGAAGCUCUGACAGCAGAAGACGCAGAACAGGUAGGAAAGAGCGUAGAUCAAAAUGGAUUUAAAAGUGGUACAUACGCCUACAUGGAGUUGGAAUCGGCGACGCCCGACUGUGCCGCCGCAGUGAGCCACUGGAAGGACGCCGUCAACAACUUCACUACAAUCCCUCCGGCGAAUAAAGAGCAAACAACAAUCUACAAGACACAGCAGAACAUUUCUUUUGUUGCUAUGUACAACCCUCAAGAGAAUGCCGCUGCUGACUGCCGCGUCGUUACCUGCACUCGAUCGGCAGCUCCUCAAGCCCCAGGAGUAGGCGCCCUAAGCACUGAUGAUGGGAAGACAGGCUAUGCUCUACUGUGCAUGACCACACCUGAAGCACUUACAGCGGACGCAGAACCCUUCAACGAAGACCAGUGGAAGAAGAUCAAGGCAUCCAUCACAGGUUCAGCCUCUGCUGUUGCCCCGAGUCUGCUUGCCGUCGCUAUUGCGGCCGUUGGCUUGGUUGCCCUUUAA